CGCGACGUGUGUGGAAGCGUAAAAAGCGAUCGUACGGUACACAUUUUUUUCUCGGUCUCUAUUUGGUUGCUCGGGCGAUUCUGUGUUGAAAAUAGAUGCAAAUGUGAUGUCAAAAUAGCGCAGUUUGCGUGAUAAAUUUGAUGUGAGCAACUGGAAAAACUGCUUAAAUAUACGCUGGUGGAGUGUUUCGAGGGUAAGGUUAUCCCUUCAGUGAUGAAAAUGUGUCUUUAAGAACGUUGGCAAAUUUUUCUUCGGAGGCGAACAGCAAUUUCAUGGUGAAGUGUGAGUUGGUGUGAGUGUGCGAGCGAGGCCGAGCUUGUUAUACGGAGUAUUGCAUGUGUGUGCGUUGAAUGCUGCUCCCGCUGAAGGAAACGUCUCUUGGUCGGAAGAAAAACAAAAUGUAAAAUCGGAAAAAAACAGAAGGAAGAAAAAAAGUUACUCCAAAAGAGUAAUUGCGAUUUGCUGCCGUGUUGUUUUUUUCUUGUUCAGCGUGAUUUUAUCGUGGUGAAAAGAAUUUGUGGUGUCGAGAGGUGCAACAAAAAUAAACAAGGAUUCAGCCAUCACGAUAACCGUGGCAAGAGGAACAAAAUUUGACCUAUGCUACGAAAACACACCAGAGACAAAUUUGAAUAGGAUGCGAUGGCAACAAGGUUAUCGUCAUUCUGGUUUUCAUGAAUGAAUUUUCUCGUCUCAUCCGAGUGUAGAAACGAAACGAACGAUCGUAGCGAAGGAGCAAUCGCAGAGUAGAAAAUAGCAACAGAAGUAACAUCGCUUUGCGCAAAAGCCCGACCAUUAAUGGCUGCCAGCAAAUGAGUACGAAGGAGAAUACAAAACACUCGUAAAUGAAAUAAAUUAUAUUUACAUUUCGUUUGCAGCUUAUCAGUGCAUUUGAUAACGUGAAAUAAAAACAAUGCGGAAAGUUGAAUCAAUCUGGCAGAAGUGAAGCGAAAAGUUGUAGCUGCUUGCAAUUGGGAAAUUUUUCGCCUGCUCACAACCCCACGUUUGACGACGGCCAAGGCAAAAAUAAGCGCAUCACGCACUACGGCGGCGCACACGCACACAGCACACGUUUUGAAUUCGCUUCCAAGCAGAGAGAGAGAGAGAGAGAGGGAGACCGUGCCGGUGAGUGUGAGCUCAAAGGAUAGUCAGUCCAAGAAAUCAUCACCUGACGGGCAGAUGUCUGAAGGUUUUCGCCGUAACAAACCAAAUAAUCGCCUGUGCUCCGUUGCUGUCGGGCAGUUUGUGGGAAACGGAAAGUGCACGCGGGCAGGAGAAGUGUGUGAGAGAGAGAGGGACGCGUUACGAAAAUAAACCUCUCGGGCGCGAGUGGAGAUAAAAACUCUCAUGGGGGCCAGGCAUAGUCGCCGGCAGCAGCAAGGAAACCGAACACAGACAGAGCAGAGCCAAGCGCAGCAUCCAUCAUCGCUGUCCGUUGUUGGUGGCGGUUCGUCGCGCCAAGGAGAAGAGCUCGUAGGAGCUAACACAGACUCGGCAGACGAUCAAAGUUCUACGAAUAGUAGUUUAGUUAUAACGAUUAGUAUGUUGAAGAUGGAACCGGGCCAGGAGGAGUCAGUCGAGGCUGAGGAGAUGCAACAGUCUGCAUCGUCUCAGCAGGAGCCGAAUGAUGGGUUGGAGUUGUCGCCGUCAGCAGUGCCACCCGCAGUAGUGGAACCCAAAUGUGGAUGUUUCGAAAACAAUAACUGUCCAAUUAGUUUUGUGUCUACGAGUGUUUCUGGCAAUUGCACCGACAGUAAGAGCAACAUCAGAAGAAGUUCCUAUUCAACAAAUGCAGUGCACAAUAACAUUUGUGGCAAUAACAGUAACAAUCAAAACCAAACUUCCACAUCCAACCAGGGCUGUAAUUGUAACAAAACUGAUAGUGUCAACAAUAAUGAACCGAGUAAUGCCAACCCGCUUCCAGCAACCAUGGCAAAUGAUUGUACCAAUAACAAUAAUAACGAUCCGGCAGUAAUCAGUAAUAUCUUCAACAAUCAUCAUCAUCUGCUGCAUCAUCACCAUCAUCAUCAUCAUCACCACCACCACCAUCACAUGCCGUGGACGUCUUCCUUCCUAGCGGUGACUGCUGCUUCCUCCGUUCCAACCACUUCCUGUCCAGUGAGCAUGAUCUGUGAUAGCAAUCCGAGCGCUUCCGUGAGCGGAACCAUGAGCAACAAUGCCAGCGUAUUGAGCCGCACCAUGCAGCAGCACCAACAGCAAUUGCGGCAACAACAGCUGCUAACGACAGCAGCAGCCACCAGUACUGCCGCUGCCAUCUCCUCUCCGGAUCCAGUGAAUCCCAGUUUAAUGGUGACGGCCAGUUCCGUUUGUGAGAUGAGUGAUAAGUUGAGUGAUUUGAAGCUGGAUCAGGCUGCUGAUAGUGGCGGUGGCGGUGGUGGCAGCGGAAUCGCUGAUGGUGGAACAAGUAACAACGACGAACAUCAGGAACAUCCCUUCAUCGUUGGGGAGUGUCCUCGAUGUGCGGUUGCCUCGCAACCUCACGGCCUGUCGGUGGAGAAGGAGGAGAAGAUAUUGAACACGACACUGGGAAGCGAGAAAGAAUCCAUCAAGGCAACUGAGGCUGCUCCAUGCGUGGCUGGAGCCACGUCAACGCCCUCCGCCUCCUGCUGUCGACAGCCGACGACGACUCUGACGACAACGACGUCACCAAAGUCACCGAUGUCAACGACAGCGUCGACUCUGCUCAGUUCGCUCACAUCAUCCGGGAAAAAGUCACGCGUCUGUAAAUGCUGCCGUAGUUCCAAUUGUGCCAAUCAGACGAACAGCAGCGGUAACAGUGGCAACAGCAGUGGAAAAUCAAGUUCCAGUAGUGCAGGCGCAAACAUCGCCCCCACCGGAGCCAAAUCCAAGAAAGGCAACUGGGGUCUCAAGUUCAACUGCGCCAAACUGCGAGGAAACAAAUCGAGCCAAGCUGCAGCAACGUCUGCUGCUGCUCUAUCGGCAACAGUCGCCGAGGCUGCUGGACCUUCAUCUUCCCCCGCUGCCACCUCUUCGAUAAUCGGUGGCGCCUCAAGCCGACUGCUCAAGAGCGAAUCGGAAAAGGCCGACUCAUGUAUAUGCACUUCCUACCGCAGAGUGGAGGACCUUCCCUCGGCUGUUUCUCCCAGCUUCCAUCAGAGCUCGUUGAUGCUUCCACAUCACCACACGUACCAUCAUCAUCACCACCCGGCGCAGCAGCAGGGAGUAGCGACAGCCGGUGGUGUUCCCACAGAUGGUUCCGGUGGAGGUGCUGUUGCCGGAGCUAUCCGAUUCGGUGCCCCUAAUCAGCAGCAGCAGCAGCAGCAGCAGCAGCAGCAACAGCAGCCGCAGCACGCAUUCCUAUUUCGCCCAGCGGCGGCGACCACAGCGGCUGGUGGCAGUCAUCACGAAUAUCACGGACAUCACCAUCCGGGGACCACAACCACCACCAUCAUUCACCGAAUCGAUCGAAGUGCGGCACAAGCGCUCUACGGGAGCCUCGGAGCCGGCGGCCAUCCCUCCGCUAAUUCCGUUAUUGUUGUUUCAGCGCCUGGAAUGUUCGAUAUUUCCAGGUUCAACAGCAGCGAUGAUUUUUCCCUGGAAGAUUGCGAUGAACGGGCUCGGCUCCAGCGGGAGCUGGAGAUCCGUGAGGGGGUUGAUGCUCCUCCAAAUUUCACACCGAGAAGUCUCAUUUCCGGUGGAUCUUUGACCACUACUGGAGCGGGUAGUGGCGCAGCCGGUGGAGCAGCUCCCCCGAAUCAUCAAAUUGCUUUUGUUUGCACUCCCGAUUCUUCGUCGGCACUUAGUUUGCUCCAAAGAGGAUUGCUACUGCCGAACAAUAUUCUUCAUGCCGAGGAAAUGCCACGUAUCCAUUCACAGGUUGAUUUCAUCCAUUGUUUGGUACCAGAUCUGCAGAAGAUAACCAGUUGCUGCUUCUACUGGGGCAAAAUGGACCGGUACGAGGCGGAGAAGUUGCUCGAGGGUAAACCGGAAGGAACUUUCCUGCUGCGUGAUUCAGCCCAGGAAGAGUUCCUGUUUUCGGUUUCCUUCCGGAAGUAUUGUCGUUCCUUGCACGCUCGCAUCGAGCAGUUUAAUCAUAAAUUUAGUUUUGAUUCACACGAUCCCGGAGUAUACACUGCGUCGACGGUGACCGGUCUGUUGGAGCACUACAAAGACCCCUCGUGUGUGAUGUUCUUCGAGCCAAUGCUAACGUGUCCACUGAACAGGAACUUCAGCUUCUCGCUGCAACAGCUGUGUCGGGCGACGAUCGUCAGUCACACGACGUACGACGGAAUCAAUGAGUUGUGUUUGCCGAAAUCGCUGAAAUCCUUCCUUAAGGAGUAUCACUACCGGCAGAGGGUACGAUUCCGACCGCUGGAUGAACAUUUGUACAAUGGCAUCUAGUACCGAGGAAGGGAAAGAGGAGCGACGAGGGAAGAGAGAAGCCUGCGACGACGUGAAAGAGCAAUAAGACAGCGACGAGGCCGAAGCGACAACUAUUGGGCCGGCGUCCUUGAAGUGGACGAUAAUUGGCCUGAUUUGGAGCGACGGGGAUUUGUUGGCAGGGAUCUGGGUCAUUUGAUUGCCGCAGCUAUUGCUCAGGAGCGGGAGGAACGAGAAACUCAGCGGCGCAUCCGCACGGAGAAGAUUAUGAGGAAGUUAUUCUGCUGUUUUAACGGUUGAAAAAAUUGUUCGUGUACGAACUGCGCCGUUAUAUGUAUACUAAAUUAGCCGUAUAUGUGUGUAAAUAGCACUUACCUAUCAUAACUCGAUUAUUCAUUCUUCAUUAUUUAUACAAUUUGUUGUUAUUUAAGUAAUUGUCUAGAACACAGGUAGGCCAGCUGAUUGCUGUAAAAAAUUAAAACACACGCUUUUUAAAUCCUAUGUUAACGUGUUGAACAGUAGCGUUAUUUCAGGAGGAAAGCCCAACAUGAUUUGAUGCACAGUAGUAGUGAUUAGAGAAAACUAUUUCCUUCCUACAUUGAGCGUUCCAGAGUAAACAGUUGUUUUUCGAAAAAGUACAAUAUAUUUAUUCCAUGCAACAAACUCUGUCUGUUUUGGUUUGACAGUAAGAAGUUCUCUAAAUUACUAGAAUGUACUGUUUUGAAAAAUCCUACUUACUCUGGAUCGCACUUUGGAAAUAUUUGUAUCGUGACUGAUUAGGAGAAGAUGUAUACAAAGUAGAAAUUGAGUAGACAGUAGAACAAGCGUGGUAGCAGAAUGUUAGCAAAACACUAGAGAAUCUCAAUGCAAGGCAAGGAGCUUUUAUUGUUGUUUUUUUGUUUAUUCAUUUUUUGUUUUGAAAUAAAACAUAGCUAAAUUAGUAGAACUUUACAAUUACGUUACACACCUUAGCUGCAAAUGUCGAUCCUCCGAUCGAUCUAUUCCACACACGCACCCUGUUGUCACACCACAAUUUCUCCAGUUGACACGGCUCUAGGGUAAUAUAGCACAAGAAAGACACACGUUCCAAGAGAGCAAAAAAUAAAAAUCCACGAACAGGAAACUAUCCCAGUAUUCAAAGCUUUCAUUGCCACAAAUAAAAAAAAACAAUUGGACGGAUGAAAGACGUACAACCAUAAUAUUAAAUAAUGUUUAAAUGAAAUAACUUAUAACUAAAAAUUAAAUUCAAACGUUCACCAGUGGAAAAUCAUGUUAUGCAAACAAAAAACAAAAUAAAAGAAUGGCACUAAGCUGUCGCGGAUGUAAGAGUAAUUAUGACA